UUCACAGCGUGUCUGUGUUGGACAGGCUAUAGUUGUGCAUCUUGGCUUGAUCCAUGAUUUGUCAGCGAGAUUGCCCUAACUUUUUCUGAACUAUAAUAGUUCAGAGUGUGUUUUAACUCACUGUUGUCUGAAUGCCUGUAGAUGUUUAUGUUUCAGUGUGUGUUCUCGUCUGCGUAUCGGUGUGUUUUUGCGUGCUGUGGUGUGUGUUCCCCGCUGCGAUAACGCCCGGGUCUGACAGCCCCUGUCCUGUGAUUGUACAGCAUAAGCUGAAGUCUUCGCAGAGGGACAAGGUACGGCAGUUCAUGUCCUUCACACAAGCUGGGGAGAAGACAGCUGUGUACUGCCUCACACAGAAUGACUGGAAACUAGAAGUCGCCACAGAUAACUACUUUCAGAAUCCAGAGCUGUACUGUAAGGAAUCCAUGAAAACUUCGGUGGACCGGAAAAAGCUGGAGCAGCUCUACAAUCGCUAUAAAGAUCCUCAGGAUGAAAAUAAGAUCGGCAUUGAUGGGAUCCAGCAGUUUUGUGACGACCUCUCCCUGGAUCCCGCCAGCAUCACCGUACUGGUCGUUGCGUGGAAAUUUCGCGCUGCCACUCAAUGUGAGUUUACCAAGAAGGAGUUCCUGGAUGGAAUGACAGAGCUGGGGUGUGACAGUCCAGAGAAAUUAAAGGCCCUAUUGCCAAGAUUAGAGCAGGAGCUAAAAGACAGCGGGAAAUUCAAGGACUUUUACCAAUUCACUUUUAAUUUUGCCAAAAAUCCUGGACAAAAGGGUCUAGAUUUAGAAAUGGCCGUGGCUUACUGGAACCUGGUUCUGUCAGGACGAUUUAAGUUCCUUGAUCUUUGGAAUAGAUUCCUUUUGGAACACCAUAAACGAUCCAUCCCUAAGGACACAUGGAACUUAUUGUUGGACUUUGGUAACAUGAUUGCAGAUGACAUGUCAAACUAUGAUGAGGAAGGGGCGUGGCCGGUUCUUAUUGACGAUUUUGUGGAAUUUGCCCGACCAAUUGUUACAGGAUCCAAACGUAAAACUCUCUAAAUCCAGACGGAUCCCAACUGGAAACGAGAACGAACAGAACUCUGUUUCUUUUACAGGAACAUUGGGAUUUUUUUAAAGACUUGUAAAAAAAGAAAUUGUAGACUUCAAGGAGAAAACAUGAAGCACUUGAAACCAUCAGGAAACCGCCUGCUGGGAUCUGAGUCGAGACUGCAAGAACGUCUGGCGUUUCUGUCCUCUUCUGACUGACACGGACACGACCAGACUCUCAGCGCCCUGGAUGCCACGCCGCAUCACCCCAUGAGCCGGCACGGGCGCAGCAUCCGAGGAGCGUCGAUGGCCGUUUGCGCUCUAAAUGCCGCGGAGAAGAAGGACCUGCGUGUUUAAAAGAUUCCUCCUAGCCAGCUGCGUUUUGCUAACCGAGGCUGCGAGCGACAGCGCAAACGUCCCACACCUUACUCUCACUUCAGAGUGCUUACGACACCAGCACCGACUGAACUGAUGCAGUUUUUACUGUACAUACUGUAUCUAACGGGACAGUUUACAAAGAUGAACUAUAUGAAGAAUAAUAUAAAAUGCUCAGUUUAUAAAUGCAAAAGAUGAUUGUUUUUGUGUACAGUAAAUGCUAAGAUCUUUAACAGGACGCCUCAGUAUCGUGGAUGAUUAUGCUGUUGGUUUAAUUGUUCGAUGGGUGUUCAGUCAUGGAGUCGUGAGCUCAUCAUUGAAAGCAUGUUAAACCCCAUGUUUCUGUUUUUUAAGUCACAGCGGGCCGCUUUGAUCAACACAUUUCACUUAAGGAAAGGCUUUAAUCAAGAUAGUGGAUGCUGGUUUGUGCUAUUUGUUUGUCUGAAUAAUCUGAGUUGGAUGUCAGUUUAAUGUAAGUUUGUUCUUUCCAUCCUUUUUAAAAAAAAAAGCAGAUUGGGGAGAAGUUUUGUUUUUUACUCUUUAUACCCCUCGAGGAUUUUGUUGGUUUCAGCUGAAGUGAGGAUUUAGCAGCAUCUCAGAGGAGCUUUGGAGACGAUAAAAGGCAAACUUUUGCAAUUGCAUGGUACAUAUCUGUAAGUUCUGGCAACGAGAGGCGGCUAGUUCUGGAGUCAGGACACUAAAGAAGGCAACAAGAGGACAAAGUAUACGCCUUAAGAAAAAAAAACAAAAAAAAAUCAACCUGUCUGAUGAUAUUUAUACUUUUGUUCAACCCAUGUCCUCAGUGUUACUGAAAGUAAGGAACAUUAGAAUAUAUUGUUGAUCAUCAUGUAAGGAGCAUAAGUAUAUUGUUCAUUUAAGAAAGAUGAAUAAAGCAUGAGUUUUUUUCAUAAUCA